AUGGCUCAGACUCGUACUCGUGCUGGAAGUGUCGCCGCUUCCGGCGCGUCUCCGCAUAGCAUUAGUCUGAAGGUACUGAGAUUAUCGCAUCCGUCGCUAUCUCCCGCGCAUACACUACCAGGCACCGACUCCAUCGCUAAAGCAUCGCUGCCUUAUCCUACUGCGCCAACUGAUCCGUUUCCGCUUUCACCGUUACUGGCACUGCCUCCUGCGUUUGGCGCUGCCUACGUUGGUACCGUCUUCUCAUGCACCUUGUGCGCGAACAACGAACUGCCGUCUUCCUCUCCUAUCGUCGUACGAGACGUACAAUUAAGUGCCGAACUUCAGGUGCCGAGCGGUAGCAUUGCCUUGGGGUUAGAAGGGCCAGACGCUGUAGAUGGUCGAGAUAUACAACCGGCGCAAACACUACAGAAGGUCGUUCGACAUGAGUUGCGCGAAGACGGUCCUCACGUACUAGCCGUCACAGUCACCUAUCAAGAAACUCGAGAUGAUACGACGAAUAAGAGGACGUUCAGGAAACUGUAUCAGUUCGUCGCACAGCCUGCUCUCGGCGUGAGGACAAAGGUAGGCGAUCUUGCGGCCAAGAAAGACACACCAGACACUCGCAGAUUCGUACUAGAAGCUCAGCUGGAGAAUCUCACAGAGACGCCAGUCGUGUUGGAGAAGGUCACUGUCAGCACGGCUCAAGGUCUUACCAGCAAGAGCCUGAACUGGAACGACGCCGACGACAAGCCAAUAUUAAGCCCUCAGGAUGUCAUGCAAGUUGCAUUUAUUCUUCAGCAGAUACAAGGCGAGCAGCUGGACGAGACGAAUGGCAGAACAGUCCUCGCCCAACUCCACGUCGACUGGAGAAGCCCAAUGGGGGAAAAGGGCAGCUUGACUACAGGUUGGCUGGGCAGUAGAGCAAGGUGA